AAUGCCCAUGUUGAGAGUAAGGUCCAUAAAAAAAUUUAAUUUGGAAAACCGUAAUGAGUUUCCAUGCGAAUGGUCUGGCAAGGUUUGAAUUUGGGUUGGUGGUGAUAAAUUGUUGUGCAUAUAAAUUUCUUUGAUCCACAAUCAAUGCAUACAGAUAUUCCGUGAAAAACAGCUCCAAAAAAUUAGUAGGAGUAGUUAAAUUUGCUGUUUCCACCUGAAUUCGGGUUGGGCAAUGAAUGGGGGAAGUACACGUGCUGCAGAAUUUGUGGGCUGCCAGUCGGGAUUUAGAAGCACAUCUGGAAGGAUACUAGGGGCUCUACGGGCCUGUGUGCAAAUUCUUGGUGGUUGCGGGACAUUACUUGUGCUCGCCACCGCAGCAGCUUGUACUACACUUAUGGGACUCGCCACGUCACCAACUGAUACUGCAGUGCUGGUAUGUGAAAGACCAGGAUGUACU